AUGAAUAGCAACAAUCGUCGUAUCAACUUAAUGCGCAUCGCGCAUGUCUACUAUACCCACAAGGACAUUGCAAAAGCGAGCCAGUUUCUGGAGGACUUUGGCUUCCAGGAAGCGAAGCGUGUAGGGAAGAAUAUCUACUAUCGCGGCACUGGCCCCGAGCCGUUUGUGUACUGCGCUAGACAAGGUGACGAAGAUGAAUUCGGAGGCGCGGCAUUUGUCGUGGAGUCCGAGGAAGACCUUGAAUAUACUUCUCAGACAUUGCCUGAUGCCAGUCCGGUCACGGCGCUGACUGAUGCGCCUGGCGGGGGCUACUAUGUGACCUUCCGCGAUCCGCUUGACCAUUUCCCCUUCCAUCUGGUCUAUGGACAAGAGUUGCCCGACGGCAAGAAAUUCCCUGCAUCACAGUACAACCUGCCAACAGAGAAAUAUCGAUCGGUGAACAAGUUCCAGAGAUUCGAGAAAGGGCCGGCGCCUGUUCAUAAGAUAGGGCACUUUGGCAUGUGCGUGACCGACUUUGCCAAGGCCUUGGACUUUUAUACCACCCGUUUCAACUUCAAGCCCAGCGACCUGGUCUACGACGAGAACGGGCGCGAUAUCACCACAUUCCUCCACCUAGACCGUGGAUCCGAAAAGGUUGAUCACCACUGCUUCUUCUUUUUCGAAGGGCCCAAGUCCCACGUUCAUCAUUCGUCAUUUGAGACGCACGAUUUUGACACCCAAAAGUUGGGACAUGACUGGCUUCGCCACAAAGGCUAUGAGAAUUGUUGGGGCGUGGGAAGACAUGUUACGGGCUCUCAAAUUUUCGAUUAUUGGUUUGAUCCCUCACGGUUCAUUCUCGAGCACGACGUGGAUGGCGAUUUGGUGAAUGACGAGUAUCCAACCAACCGGUCGCAGGCGUCUCCUGAUUCAUUGCAUGUUUGGGGUCCUGAUUUACCACCCACAUUUCUAUUUUAG